AUGGAUGCUAUGCCUAACGUUAUGUCUCAAAAGCAAGAAAUAGGGGGGAUUGACAGAUGUUACCCAAGUGCAGAUGCCUUUGAUAUGCAACUGAUGAUUUUACAAUUUCAAGUCGCGUUUGCUCAAGAAAGUGAGAAUGGCAUUUCACCUUUGGAGGAAUCAAAGUCAGGGGAUGGCACAGUGACUUUCUUCCUGCCCCAAGAUUCAAACUCGCGAGACCUGAAUGGCAGCUCGCAGAAUAUUGACGGAAGUGAAGAUGCUCAAAUGCUGCCUACAUUCAGCGACACGACUGACGGGAACUGUGGCGCAUCUGCAGCUGUGAAAGUCAUGGACGUCAAAGGCAGCCUGUUCCUGAUGCUGAGUGGACUGUACGGCAUAUUGCUGGUGGUGCUGGGAUCAGUCAUACCAAUCACAGAGUCCUUUGUGACCACAAGGCACAUGUACGCAUUUGAGGGUUUUUACAUCUACCUGUACGUGGUCAGCAUCAUCUUCCUCGUCUACGUCUACGCUUACUUGCUCCGGAGGAAGAAACUCAAGACGGAAUUGCUGACGAAGACGCUGACACGAUCAAUUUCCAUCACGAGAGGGUGGGCAAAGACCUCCACCAAGGCAGAUGACUCCUCGUCAACGAGAGGAAAGCGCAGGAGGCAUAUCUCUGUAGACGUAUCUCCUCAUACCGGCAGUUUCUACUUACGCCUUGGUGCCGUCGGUUUCGGUAUCGGUAGCAUGAUCCACAGUGGCCUCCACUUCGGGCAAUACCUGGUGUAUGAAGACGGCCUCGCACACUGUUCCAACAUCAUGAAGUCAGCAGAACCCUUUCUCCACCUCAUCUUCACAUUCACACAACUAUACUUCAUAUUUCUCAAUUCGAAGAUGUGCAUCCAUCGUUACAAGAUCAUUGCAAGGUUUGGGCUGAUGCACAUGUGUGCUGCAAAUAUAUGUGUCUGGUUUAGGAGUAUCGUCGUUGAGACGUUGCACACGAUACACACGCACCAUCGUGGUCAACAUAACGAGAGUCAUCACCAUGACUACCACGCCGACCACACAGUAAGCUAUGGUACAAACGGUCAUGCCAAUGAGUCUCUGUGGGAUGAGGACAACACAACACUUAUACACGGACGGGCGCUUCAAGCAUCAGUGUUGACGUCGACUGGAGAUGUCUGUCCACAGAAAACUAUCAUGACUGAGCUUGUCGAGUCCUCAGGCCCCUACCUGUACCCAUGCACUAUUGAGUACAGCCUGAUGUGUGCAGGCAUUCUAUACGUAAUGUGGAAGAACGUUGGAUACCGACGGAGGAGAAGCCGCACUGAUUCUGAUGACGAAGAUGAAGACGAUGAAGCCAUGAGCCAUCAGAGAAUGAGCGUGGACUGUGCAGGAUCCAACCGAGGCUUAUUUCUCGGCAUCCUUCUCACGGUGGGGUCAGUCAUCUCAAUCAUAGCGUUCUACGUCCUAGCGGCCCAGGAGGCUAUGUCUAGCACAGCUAUUAUCCUGACACACCUCUCUGGCACCUGUAUCUAUCUGCUCACCACUGUGGCACUUGUUAUUGCUGCCCACAAGAUGAAACAUCAUCGCUUCCACUCUGAACACAAGGGUGAUCUGGAAGACACACUCAUCCUCAUUUCCUACACUGGACUGUUGUGUUUCUCAAUCUUUAGUCUCGUUGCUGCCAUCUUACAUCCGUACGACGAAAGGAGUGCCCUGACGAUUGUUUCCAAUAUAAUGAUGAUGGUACAAGCUACGAUGCAGACAAUAUUUAUUUUGGCCGGAGAUCGUAUGACUGCUGCAACACCCAUACAGGUUAGGAAGAAACCUGGUCGGGAGUUGGUAACCUUUCUGUUGCUGUGCAACUUCGCUAUGUGGGCAAUGAACACCUUUCAAACACAGAAGCCCAAACAUAACCCCAUUCAGGUGGAAUUCUAUGGACAUGAAGCAUGGGCUAUAUUUACUCAUAUUUCAGUACCUCUAGGCAUUUAUUAUCGAUUUCAUUCCUCUGUGUGCUUAUCAAAUAUCUGGAAAAAUGCCUGGAAGAUGCAGAGGCACAUCUGA